CGCUACUCGUUCAUGAGAAGCCGGCGGCGGCUUACGAGCUUUUUUUCCUAAGCUAUUUCAAUCAGUUCUUGUCGAGCUCAAGGUAAGGAGACAGGGUCAGUUAGUGAGCAGCAUCCUUUCUCUUAAGACUCCCUGACUUUCUUCGGUUUUUGUCAGGGAAGAAUCCCAAUUGCAUUGGAAGGAAUUUUGUUGUUGUUUUUCUUACAAAAGAGUGGAAUUAAGUUCGCCGGUUUUGAAUUUUGUUACGUUUAGGAGUAUUGUGAGUGAUUGGAAUUAUUAGACGGAUUCUGGAUGUUGUGCACGUGAAAAAGCUGGAGGUUUGUUUUACUUAGAGGAUUUAGUGAAGAUGAGAGUUUCCUUUCAAAUGAGGAUAUUAUUGCUGCUUAUAACAACCUAUAGUCUGCUGCCUUGUAUUUUUUCAUUUCAUUGCGCCAGCAAUAAGCCAACAUUUGUGAGGAGACUCUUUGUCAGUCUACGACCUGGUACCCUAUCGACUGCUAGUGUCAUCCAAGUUCACGAAAGUCCACCUUCUGAAUGCUUCAAACAAUGUAUAAAAAAUGAAAAUUGUUCCGCGUACUUUAUCGACUAUCGGAAUAGUUCGUGUCUUCUCAUCCAAGGUAUAAGCGAAGAUCAGCUGGAAAAGAAGUUAAUACCUGAUGAAAAUAGCAGCUAUCACAGAAAAAUUUGUUUACCAGAAACUGAAUGUGAUCAUGAAUGGGUGUUUGAUGAAAUUCUUGAUAUGCAACUCUAUCAUUACCUCGACAAAACUGUGUUCAAUAUUAGUUCUAGUGCCAACUGUAUGACUCUCUGUCUCUCGGAAUCUACAUUUACUUGUCGAUCAGCCAGAUACGAUGCAUCAAAGUCAGAAUGUAUAUUGAGCAGGCAUGAUCGCCGAUCAGCUGCCGAGGUAUUCCGACAAUCUCCGAAAUCCAGCUCUGUUGUUUACCUGGAAAAACAAUGCAUUGAAGAACCCCAAGGAUGUCUUUUUAAAAGUCGGCAGUCACGAGCGAUCCAGUGGAGACAUCGUCAUAUUCAAGUUGUCAACAAUAUCACAUCGAAAUCUGAAUGUGAGCUGGCAUGUCUUCAUGCUUCUCCCUUUCCCUGUAGAUCGUAUCAGUAUGAUAGCGAUCCUGACACCUGUCUUCUGAGUCCUGAAGAUUCAUCCUCGGAGAUGGGACCUCUUGAUCCUCUCUACAAAGGAACAAGAGCGGAUUUGGAAAACUCAAUUGGUGGCACCUACUUUGAAAAAGAAUCUUGUGUUGAUGUGGAUAUAAAGUGUGGUCCAAGCUCGAUGAGCGCGAUAGUAAGAGUUUCAACUCCUUUUCGAGGUCGAGUGUACGCUGUAGGACAUCCUUAUGACUGCUAUUCGGUGUCCGUCUCUGAUGAUGGACAUGUCACUCUAGCCAUGUCCCUGCAUGGACGCCAAUGUGGAACAAAGAAUUUGGGUAAUGGGACAUUUGUAAACAGCAUUGUUGUUCAGCAUCAUCCGUUCGUUCUUCGAACAUCCGACAGAAAAAUUGAUGUAGCCUGUGAUUAUGAAGAAUUGAAAUUGAAAAUUAGAGGCGCAAAGGGUGUAAAACAGCCAGAAAUGAAACCACUGGCUCAUACCGUAACUGCUGUUGCACCAACUCCACCAAUACGGUUACGAGUGGUUAAUGCUACAGAUCAGGAUGUAACUGGUGUCGAAUUGGGUGAUUCUUUGUUUUUGAAAGUUGAAUUAGCAGAUGAGAGUGUAUAUGGCAUAUUUGGAAGUGAUCUUGUCGCUCGUAGUAGUGGAGGAUCGGAAACGGUGCUUCUUAUCAAUGAUGAUGGAUGUCCUGUAGAGCCUACAGUGAUUCAAGCCUUAGACAGGCUGCCUGGAUCGAAGUCGUUAGUGGCACCAUUUCAAGCAUUUAAAUUCGCCUCAGAUUCUGCAGUAAAGUUUCAAAUGACUGUCUCUUUAUGUUUGGAUACUUGUCCACCAGCUGAUUGUGAUGUUCCGAGUUCAAGCCCAACACAAUCCUAUGGUAAAAGAAAACGUCGUAAGCGAAGAUCAACAGGCUCUCAAUUCCUGGAUUUGCAUCCUGGAGAUGUGAUAAGUGAUGUCACGAUGGAAAGUCCAAUGUUUCUCGUGACUAAUCUCAGUCCUUCCCUUGAUUCCGAGCAGACCCAGAGUGGAAUAGAACAGCGUUUCAUUUCAGCUGACCACACUGAAGAUUUAGUCCACAUAAAGUUGAAACCCAAUGGCAUAUGCGUCACUGCAACCACGAUCUAUAUCAUCGGAGCCAUCAUCGCGACAAUCCAAGUGGCAAUUAUCUGUAUCGCUGCAGUCAUAUUCUUGUAUCGCAGAGACGACAAUUUUCAAACCAAGACAAGAUCUAUCUCUUCCAAGAGUUGGCCAUCCGUCUCGAGUCGAAGAAAACUCGUCUGCAAUUUCUCUUGA